AUGGGCGCAAGGCGAAGCUAUAAAGUCAAUCACCUGGAGCCUCUAUAUGAGGUGCCUCUAAAUACUCCGUGUUGCUUUCCCGCCGUCAUGUCACGGGCCCUCCCAAAGCCAGUUCUCGGUAUUUCUUGCAAUGAAGAGUCCUCUGGACGGCUACUUGGCGAGGCUUCCAACUUGGUAGCCGCUAUCAAACGCCACGGCGAUGUCUUUAGUAUACCCUUUGGUAACCCGGUAGUCAUCCUCGCCGAUGCCCAUGAGACGCGAGACAUUCUUGUGAACAAGACGGCCCGGCCCGGUGCGAUUCCCAAUGCUGGCCCGAGCAACAGCUUUGGCAUGGGGCUUCGUUCGUGCUUUGGCAAGGGGCUGGCAUACAUGAGAAUUUGCCUGCUGCUUGUUAGUGCGAUUUGGAACUUUGAGCUGAUGGGAUGCCCGGACGAGCUUUCAAGCAAUUUUGGGAAGUUUGAUGUCGUGUGCAAGCCGCAGCAGACAUAUGUGCGAGGCGGAGUUGUAGGGGCGUAG